GAUCUACAUCAUUCACCUCACACUCAACCUUACGACAUGAUGGAGUCCAGACUGAUGGUGCUGCUUGUGUUCUUCUACUCUGUUGCUCGUGUCACCGAAGCCCAGCUGCAGCCAGUGACAACAACAACUAGCUCCAUCAAUACGACCACCUGCGGCACCACUAAGCUGUGUGUGUUUAGUACGCCUAACUGUAACCUUACAGGAAACUCCAGCUGUUUUUACAGCUCUGCUCAGUACAGUAACGGUGCACUGACUGUGGAAAUGUCCGGCACCACCUCAGGAUAUGUGGCACUGGCACUCACACCCACUACCAGCCCACUGAACACUGUAGGGACCGCUGUGUUCGUCUGUGGCAACAAUAACGCCAGCCCCUUCUUCGAAACAGCUUCUCAGGCCGGCGUAGUGCUGACUCCUGCUAUCCUGAACCUCAUAAAUAUCUCCAAUGUUCAGGGUUUAGUAACGAAUUCCUCAAGUCUUAUUCAAUGUACCUUUAAUGUCGGCGUCAACACCUCCGCCUUAAAUGUCAUCAUCUCGGCAAAUGUUCAGCUGCCUUCUAUUAUCUCCAUCCUUACUGGAAGCACAAACGGAACAUCACUGGGAAAUGCAACCACGGUGUUCAGCUCCAGCGAAACGUUAGACCUGGCAAAUCCCGCGAGCAACGCUCCAUGGAUCACUAUCACUCGUGUGGGUUGUGGCACCACUAAGCUGUGUGUGUCCAGUACGCCUAACUGCAACCUUACAGGAAACUCCAACUGUUUCUUCUCUUCAGUUCAAUUAAUUAACCAAAAUUUCACCUUUCAACUCAGCGGCACAACAACAGGAUACGUGGCACUGGGACUUUCUACAGUGGGAUUUUCUGCUGUAUUUAUCUGUGGUAGUAUCAGCAGUAACUUCCUCUUCACACCAGCUACUCUCCUCGGCACGAAUUUGCUCCCUGUUAAUUUGAACACCGUGUACAGUGUUCAAGGUGCUGUAUCACAAAACCUUGUUCAGUGUGUGUUCAACACCAGCAGCAUUCUGACUGUCCAGAGCCUCAAAAGUGCAAACACCUCGUACAGCGUCAGCAUCAUGAACGGCAGCCUCGAGGGAUCAUCACUGGGAACUCCAACCACAGUGUUCAGCUCCAACGGAUUGUUAGACCUGACAAAUCCCGCGAGCAACGUUGUACCCACAGUGUUGCUGAACAUCGAUCGUACCGGGUGUGACGGCGGUAAGCUGUGUGUGGGAAGUGAUAAUACUUGCAAUCUUACAGGAAACUCCAGCUGCUUUUUCGGCUCCAUCCAACUGAAUGACCAAACUCUGUCUAUCUCCCUGAGCGGGACGACGACAGGCUACGUGGCUCUGGGACUCGCUACACUGGGAAACACUGUGGUGUUCGUCUGUGGUAACAACAGCGAUGGUGUUACUAACUUCUUCUUUACAACCGCUACUACAGUCGGCUCAACGCUGCUCCCUGUUAAUGUGAGCGCCGUCUCCAAUGUUCAAGGUGUUGUAGCACAGAAUCCCAACCUUGUUCAGUGUGUGUUCAACACCAGCAGCAGUGUGAACAUCACCAGCGUCAGAGGAGGAAACACCUUCAGAGUCUUCCUCAUGAACGGAACCACCAACGGAAAUCAACUGGGAUCUGCAAAUAUCCUGUUUGACUCUGUACAAGCAUUAAACCUGAACAGCAGCCCAACCAUCACGGCUCACGUGUUUGCUGUACUGCUCAGUGCCCUGACUCUCUGUGCCCUAUAUUAAUCCUAGGCACUGUGAUGAUUAGUGAGGUUAUAAACAUAUGAAGCCAUCCUUAGUUGGCUGAACAUGAAGAAAAUGACUGUAUAACUUUUACAUGUAUCUAAUUUGCAUAUCUUCUUUGUGGUAAAUGUAGUUUUAAAUGUAAGAGACAGAUGUAAAGGAUUGAUUAACGUUUACUUGAUCAUUUUCAUUUGUUUCUGAAUCGAUAAUGAAAACUGUUUUCACUUCAUCAAGCUAAUAAAAAUAAAACUACUUCAAUAAAA